UCUUUUUUUCACUCACACACUUAUACAGACUCGAGCAAAGACAGCGUUUAGCCCGACAGCGAACCAAGUCUUCCGCCAGCUCCAGCGGCCAGCACUGCGGGCAGGAGCCCAGGACAGGAGCGCCUCUCGCGGCCUCGGGCUCCGCGGUUGGCAGGAAUCGCGGGAGGAGGAGAAGCGGAGGAAACAAGGGACACGAGUGAAAAGAUUACUGCCUCCCUCUCUCUCUCUUUGCCUGAGAAAUGACACUGCGCCUUUAAAUCGCAUUUCUUCACUCUCAUUUGCUCCGUUCCUCCUGCCGUUGUGUUUUUAUAUUCUUUUUCUUUCUCUUCUUACCUCUCUCGCGUUAAAUGUGAGUGGGAAAAGAGGGGCAGUGGGGGCGGGGGACACAUUCAGGGAGAAACGAGAGGAGAGAGAGAAGAGAGAUGGGCAAAUCCAACAGCAAACUCAAGCCUGAGGUGGUGGAGGAAUUGACCAGAAAAACCUACUUCACUGAAAAAGAAGUACAGCAGUGGUAUAAGGGCUUUAUUAAAGAUUGCCCCAGUGGACAGCUGGACUCAGCUGGCUUUCAGAAAAUCUACAAGCAGUUCUUCCCCUUCGGUGACCCCACCAAGUUUGCUACGUUCGUCUUCAAUGUCUUUGAUGAGAACAAGGAUGGACGUAUUGAGUUCUCAGAGUUCAUACAGGCUUUGUCUGUUACCUCCAGAGGAACACUGGAUGAGAAACUCAGAUGGGCCUUUAAACUUUAUGAUCUUGACAAUGACGGCUACAUAACUCGAGAUGAGAUGCUAAACAUUGUGGAUGCUAUCUAUCAAAUGGUGGGGAACACAGUGGAGCUACCAGAGGAAGAAAACACACCAGAGAAAAGGGUGGACCGUAUCUUCGCUAUGAUGGACAAGAACGCAGAUGGGAUGCUUACACUGCAGGAGUUCCAAGAAGGCUCCAAGGCAGAUCCGUCUAUUGUUCAAGCACUGUCACUCUAUGAUGGCCUUGUGUAGUACAGCUCACAGUCAUCAAGACAGUCCAUUUUUGCCAUCCUGCUUUUCUGUGUGGGAGGGAAACCGAUGUGUCCCUUGCUUUUCCAUGCUUGCUUGGACUAGGCACUGCACUGGUGUGUUAUGGGAAUCAUUUGUGGAAAGGCACCACUCAACUACUCAUUUCGAUAGGGAAAAAGGGGAAACAACAGGUCAAGAUGAUAACAUGAAUUCCUCCAUCUUCUGCAGAAGUGUUUUGAAGUGGGUUGUUUUUUGAACUCUAGCAAAUCCAUUGAACUGAAUGAAUUUCCUUUGAAGGAGAGAGCAGAACACGUACACGAGAGCAGUUACUGAACUGUUUGCCUUCUGUAAAUGCAGUGCACAUGUAUAAAAAUCUGGAUACUACUGAAUACCAGUGGACCUGCCUGGUUGUGAUUUUGUUCAGUGAUGCAAAAUGAGUUGCACUCUGUGGAGCCUUCAAACAGUCAGACAAGCCACAGCAUCGCACAUAUGCCAUAAUACGACAGCCUCUCCAUGCAAAUACACCAAUUAUGUUUAGGUGAUGAACUAUUGGAAUAAGUGUUGUGGACAAAAAAAUUCAAUGGUAUUGAAGCCUGUAAAUGACUGGAACUGGCAAGCCAGUCUUUCUGAAGGUGUUAAGAAGUGAUGUUAUACUAUAUUUACUUUCAAGUAUGCAGAAAAGCAUCCGGUAUUUAUUUAUUUGCCUAUUUAUUUCAUUGUUUUGAGCUGUUUUAAGGCAUUUCAUUGCACAGUGAUAUAUCACUGAUAUAUUUUGUGGUGUAAAAUACGACGGUUCUGUGAUGCUAUUGUGAUCAUAUUGGCCCGUGUGUUUUGCAUUUAAUUAACACUGGUGGGGCAAAUCGGGUCCCUUUCUGCAGGCUUGCUCUAAUCCUUAGCUAAUGAACCACUUCAGAAGUUUUCUUUGUACUACAGCACAGUAUUUGCCUAUACAGCCCGUUGUACAGCAUGAAACCCCGAAGUGUUGUAUGCUUGAAUUGUUCAAGUUUCUGUUAACGUGACAUAUUAGGAAAUAAUUUGAUUCUCAUUACUUGGUGCUCAUACCUCACAUUACAUUUGUCUUUUUUAAUCUGAUAUCCCCAGUUUGUAAAAAUAAAAACAAUGUUGAAGGUAUUUUCCAGUAGCCUAAAAAAAACUUCAUCUCAACUCACUGUGGGAGAAUGACUUGGAUUUCUGCUUUUGCUAUGUAAGAACUCACUACUGGCACUUGUAUUGCUAUCACAGUCGCUUAGGUAAUGGCAAGAUUGUGCAUACAAUCACAUUGCACCUUUUGUAGUGGUAUGUGUUUACUGAGGUUCCUCAAUAAAUCAAACCACCACUCA